AUGCCCAACAACACUUCAAACAUCGUUUUGUUCGACUAUUUCAACCCAAACAACACACUUACAACAACAUUUAGCCGAUUAGAAACAACAAAAACAUCCCAACAAUUUUCCGAAAUUGUCGAUAACGAAACUUUAUUUUUCCUAAAAUUUUAUGAAGAAACUCGAAAUUUUGAGAGAUUAGUGGGGAUUAUAAUUCCGUCAAUUUUUGCUUUGUUUGCCCUUUUUGGGCUAGUAGGGAAUUUGUUAGUUGUGAUAGUUGCUUUGAAUAGACAAAUGAGGAAUUCGACUAAUACUUUAAUUAUUGGAUUGACUUGUUCUGAUUUGAUGUUUUUGACGUUGUGUAUACCUUUUACUGCCAUUGACUACGCCUUUCCAAUAUGGGUUUUGCCUACGUGGAUGUGCCCUCUUAUAAACUAUUUACAGCAUUCUUCUGCUUAUUUCUCUGUUUGGACAUUAACAUUAAUGGCAGCUGACAGAUUUCUCGCUGUUGUAUUCCCAGUAGAAUCUAUGACUCUCCGUACCCCAAAAAAUACCUUCUUUGUGCUCUUAAUUGUAUAUGCUGUUAUUUUAUUAUCUCAAAUUCAGGUCGGACGUAUCCAUGGCGUCUAUAGUUACACUUUUAUAAUGGAACAACGUUCAGCUUGUUCUAUUGUAUCAAUUGCUCAAGGUUUAGCUACCGUAGCUGAAGCACGCCUUUACUUUUUUUCAUUUAAUAUUUUUGGUUAUUGUCUCCCUCUGGGUAUUACUUGUGUUCUUUACUAUUUGAUGCUUAAAAGAUUGUGGUAUGCUCCUUUUAGAUCGAGUACUGACAAUAAUACAAAAAUACCACCUACAAAGAUAACUUCAUUAUUCGCUAACAAUUCAGAAAGAUCAAACUGUUCACUCCGUUCUCGACCAGAAACAAUUAAAGCAAAAAGGAAGGUUACUAGACUUGUCCUAUGUGUGGUUAUUAUUUGGGCAGUCUGUUGGCUUCCGUUAAAUUUGUGUGUUAUCUAUCCAGACACGUUGGUAUUGCGAGGUGGAAAGCCUAUUGUGGUUGUACAAAUAUUUAGUCAAGUUCUUGCUUAUUGUAAUUCUACAUUAAAUCCAAUCCUGUAUCCACUGGUUUCUGAGAAUUUCCGCAAAGGGUUUCUUCGUGUUUUGAGCACCUUAGCUAACUGGCUAAGCUGUGGGCAUUGCUGCAAACAGUUUCAUUUAUACAAUACAAGGAUGGAAUUAACCAUGCUUAAUAGAACAAAUAGUAAUAAAUCCAAAAAUGCCAUUAGCAAAAGCAACUCUAAAAAUACUACUGGCUCUACUAAAACUACAACAAAUCAAGUGAUUUUAAUCAUUUUAAAACGAAUUUAA